GGAAGCUUCUAUUAUAGUGAUUUUUGUGUAUGUUUUUUUCCAACCACUAACUUGACUAAGUUGGUUGGAUUUGGUCUUGUCAGCAGACUCCUUUAAAAGUCCUAAAGUUUUGCCUCUGUUCUGUUUCCAUCAAACUCAAAGCCCUGAAACUCUCAAAAACCAAGUUUUUAAGAUGUUUUACCCAUUUUUCUGUGGAGCUUUCCACCACCAAAAAGAAGAUGAUGAUGAAUUGUGGAGCACCCCUGCUUCCACACCAAAAAAGUCGAGAAGAAAAAAGGAUAGCAAGAACCCGUAUUCGACGCGUGGACUUGACCAGUUUUCUGCUCUUUUAGCUGAACUCGAAGAGAAGAGACAGCAGAUUUACUCACAGAUGGGAUCAGAAGGUAUAGUUCGUUUUGUUUACAAGAACUCAAAUGAUUGUGUCCCGGUUGUGGUAAAGCUGAAGGACAAGAAAGAAGAGAAAAACAAGACAGAAGAUACCAAAGAUCAUCACCCUGAAAGCUGUGUUUCUGAAGUUGUGGAGAAGCUGCCAACCCCACCAGAAUCAGAUGAGAAGAUUGAGCAAAAGAAGAGCUUUUCAUGGAAUAUUGUUAAGUCACAGGAUUGGAGAAGGCCUUCUUAUUACAUCCCAGCAGUUAUAAUCUCGAUUCUGUUGUUCCUAGUAUUUUUCGGAAGGUCAGUUGCAAUAUUAUGCACUUGUAUGGGCUGGUACGUAGUUCCUACAAUAAGUGGGGAAGGUUCAAAUUUGAGAACAUCAAUGAAGAAGAAAGAUUAUGUGAGAAAGUUGAGUGGAAACAAAAUGGUAAGUGGGAAAUUAUCUUCUCCCAAGAAUAAUAAAUUUGGAGCUAUCAGAGACAAGUCCCCACGGUAGUAGGAUAACAGGAAAAACUGAAGUAACAUCAUCUGAUCUUUUUUGUUUUGAUUUAAGUCUGUCUUUCACUUUAUUUUUUUCUUCUCUUGUUGAUGUAAAUAACAGUCUGUAUUAUAUGACUUGAGUUAAUGUUGAGAACAAUGUGAUUUAAGUUGCUUUGUAAUUACUUUUCAAAAAAAAAAAAAAAGUUGCUUUGUAAUUGUA